AUGGCUGCUCAAUAUCUUGGAGCAAAGGGAACUUCAACUUCCUCAUUCACCAACCAGAAAAUCCGUCUGCCCGAAGACCAAUUGUCCUCCCCCGACUACUUUGGUGUUGGCAAGCGUUCGGAAGUCUGGAACCGUCACUCUGAACAACCUUCGAAAACGACACCCUCCAGUGUUCAGCAGCAUAGAUUAAACGCUCAACAAGAGCAGCAAAUUUUUGCUGACAAGAGUACUCGUCUAUUGGACUUGCUUACCAAGACCUCUUCUGCCAUUAAGGAUUUGCGUGAAUUCAAUGGUCACCAUAUGGUCUACUACCCAAAGGUGAAAGACUCACCUUCUGGAAACGAGCAUGCUACCAUCCAACGCCAAGCUCUCGAACGCUCACAGACAUUAAUUAAUAUGCCUAUUGAGUCCGAAUUACAACGUCAUAUGCCAAAGCGGUCUAACUCUCUCAGUGGUCUUCAAGAAGACCAAGAAGAAGUGAAAGCUGCCACAGAGGCUCACCGUAUCUUGACUUCGGAAGUUGCUAAUGCUUUCCGCUCUAAAUUGAAUGUUCUCAACUUGGACGUUAAGGUUGGCCAUCAUAUCGCAGAUGUCAACAACCUAGCCCAAGAAUCUAUUACAGCUUUGUUGGAUGACCGUCUUGCCCAAAGCAUUGCCCACAUUGAAAAAAUCCAUAAGCGAGUCGCCGAUACCUCGUCCAAGGUUUUGGUUACCGGUGAUUUGAACGCUGGUAAAUCUACUUUUGUGAAUGCUUUGCUCAAGCGUGAAAUUCUGCCGAGCGACCAACAGCCAUGCACAAGCACGUUCUGUGAAGUCUUGGAUGCUACGCUCAAUGAUGGUGUCGAACAAGCUCACGCUGUUAAGGAUGUUGCUGCUUAUAAUCGCGCCGAUGCAUCCACCUACGAAGUCAUUGAACUUCGUCAUCUCUACAAGACUGUCAUCGAUGAGACUUCACCUUACAAGAUGCUCAAGAUUUAUACAACUGACCGUCGUCAAACUGAAGAGAGUCUUUUGCAUAACGGUGUUGUGGAUAUUGCCCUUAUCGACUCCCCAGGCUUGAACACCGACUCUUUGAAGACCACCGCCGUUUUUGCUCGUCAAGAGGAGAUUGAUGUUGUUGUUUUCGUUGUUAGUGCCGAGAAUCACUUUACUCUUUCGGGCAAGGAAUUCCUUUGGAAUGCUGCUAACGAAAAAGCUCACAUUUUCAUUGUCGUCAACCGCUUUGAUAGCAUUCGAGAUAAGGAUCGCUGCAAGCGUCUCAUUCUGGAACAGAUUCGUCAACUCUCUCCCGCCACCUAUGCGGAUGCUGAUGACCUCGUCCAUUUCGUCAGCGCUGGUAGCGUCGAUCUUGAGGAAGGUUCUCACAAACUCGACCCCGAAGAAUUUGCUCGCUUGGAAGAACGCCUUCGUGCCUUUGUACUGGAAAAUCGUGUCAAGUCCAAGUUGUCCCCAGCUAAGAACUACUUGUUGAACAUUCUUUCCGACCUUCACGUCAUUUCCGAAUCCAACCACGACGAAGCCAGCAAGGACCUCAAGCGCGUUGAAUCCCAACUCCAAGCCGACCAACCUGCUUAUGAACGACUCAUGUCUGCUCGUGAUCGUAUUUUCGAUCAAAUUGAGAAACUCGCCGAGGACUCCGUCCGUAGCCUACAAACGUUUGCUCACACUCGUUUGGAUGCCACCGUCGAUCAAAUCGAAGGUGCCAUUUCCAACUUGGAAUAUCCCGGCCUGUUCUUAAUCUGGCAAUACGCUCAGGAUGUUGUAGAUUCCAUGGCCCAUACUCUCCAGAAGGAAGUCAAGGCUCUUGAAUCUCACGCCAAAGAAACCACCAGCACCACUGUGGAUGAAAUUCACCAACUUGGCACCAGCGAGAUCGGUGAAUAUCCCCGCACCGUCGAUGUCGAUAGCAUGUUCUUGAAGAGCCGUGAUAGACGCAUCUUUGUUGAAAUCGAAGCCACUGAUUUCUUCGACAUUGAUUUCAACGACAAGUUCUCCAUUCUGUCCAUGUCCCUUGGUGCUGUCACCAUGGUGGGUGGUCGUGUCAUGGGGGUUCAAAAUGUUGUGUCCAGCAUUUGGAAUGUAUCCAACGUUGUCGGUGUCAACACUGUUCGUCGCUGGAUGGUCCCUGCCAUGUCUGUGGCUGGUGUUGGUCUUGUUGUGUAUGUCGUCUCUGAUAUGCGUCAUGCUGUUGAGCGCAAGCUUAGCCGCAAGUUCAAGGCGGCUGUCAAGGACUCCAACCAUAACGAAGGUCAAAGCUACCGUAUUGCUCGGGCAUCUCGCAAGACGCUUCGCAUCGAAGGUUGGGAACUUCAAAAUCAAAUCCAAAAGGCCGUGGACAACAAGGAGAAGAUGCGCGGUGAAAUGGUUCAAAAGGCUCAAUUGUCAGAGGAAGCCAUGAAGUACUUCUCCGGCGUCCUUAACCAGACCCACGAAAUGCGCUCCAAGGUUGAAUCCGUCAACACGGAAGAAGUGGCCAAGCUCUAA